AUGUCAUCCCGCGCAGCGAGUCAAACGCUUCCCGCUAGUAUCCCGCAGAGUAUAGAAUCGGUAGGGAAGGCACGGGUUGCGAGCUGGGUGGGAUCGGGACUAGGAACGGAGUCUUCGCUCUCCCAGAGGAUCAAACACUUUGACAAGAGUUCCAAUGGCAGCUUCGAGGACGACCUGAGGCUCGCUGACUGCGGACAACAGAUCCGGAGCGGUCACUUAGAGAAGAAGAUAGCAGGCACUGUAGUGACGUGGAUAACCCAAGGGGUGGUGCUAACGAAUACGAAGAUCUGCUUUCUUAUCGACGAAGGUGAGAUCAAUGAGGAUCAGAGCGUUAUCGACUACAUUCCUCUGCAUGAAGUCAAGCAGCUGAUUGUCGAGGGUGAAAACAAACUUGAGACAGACAAGAAGCUUUGUCUUGUCAUCCGCACAGUAGAAGGAGGGUACAACUCCGGGCGCACGUAUGUUUACCGGAUGAAGACAGAGGGAGAGUGCUUGUCUUGGCAUGCAGACAUCUCAAAAGCGUUUGAGCAAGCCUUGAAGAACAGCAAGAAGCAUUCUGAGAGGAAGGCGAUUGGAGGCAGCAAAUUCAACUGGCUGCGGUUCAAGGCUGGGAAAGUUAUCAACGCUGGCAUGACAAAAUCAGUGAUUUCCUUGCUGAUUCUCCUGAACUUCACUGUGGACAUCCUGGAAGCUGAACGCCUCCCGAAUCCCUCUUCCAACAUUGGAACCUUCAUUCAUGCAGCGAGGAUACUUAUCAUCGCCUCCUUCACCGUCGAAGUUUUCGUAUCAGCCUUCGCGUUAUCGGAGGUCGUCCUCGUCUCUCUUGCCGUGAUCUACUUCGAUACGCACCCGCAGCUGAAAGUCCUCGGGCUCGUGCGGAAUUUCAGGCUAGCGAUUGUGUUCCGACAAGUCAAGAGCUUGAACAGGAUCAUGACAGCGCUAGGAAGGGCCGUGGUUCCUCUUCUCAACGCUUUCAUCCUCCUGCUGCUCGUUUCUUGCUUCUAUGCCAUCUUGGGGACACACUUGUUCAAGAAUUUUGAUGAGAACUUCUUCGGGUCUUUCAGCGCAUCGCUCUUGUAA